ACCCGAUAAAAGCAAAGCCUGGGCCUAAUGUGGCAACAAUGGAUCGGGAAAAGAGUCAUACUCUGUGUACACAAUAGCCAUGCAAAAGCUUGUCGUUUCAGUGCCAUUUGGUGCAAUAUAAAUUGAAUGCGUCUCUCUGUAUUCUUCUCCUUUAUCUCUCUUUUUCACCUUAUAUAGCAACUCCUUUUCUUUUCCUUUUUUGGUCAAAACAUAUCCUUUUAUAAACCUGCAUGCGUAUAUAAACUGUUGAGCAAGAGAGAUUGAAGAGGAAUUACUCUUUUGGGAUCUUGAAUCUAUUAUUUUUGUGGGUUUUGGGAGAGAAAAAAUGGGUCGAGGAAAGAUCGAGAUAAAGAAGAUCGAGAACUCGAAUAGUAGGCAAGUUACAUUCUCUAAGAGGCGUCAAGGCCUUCUGAAGAAGGCCUAUGAACUGUCUGUUCUAUGUGAAGCAGAUGUUGCUGUCAUUAUUUUUUCCAGCACUGGGAAGCUUUUUGAGUACUCUAGUUCAAACAUGCAAACAAUACUUUCAAGAUACAGCAAGUCUAUGGAUUCUUCACAGGUUUCUACACCGGAAAUCAAGUCGGAGAAGCAGGAAUCAAAGGAAGUUGAUGUUCUCAAAGAGGAGAUAGAAAAUCUGAAAAUGAAGCAUUUGCGAAUGUUGGGUAAGGACCUUACAGGCAUAGGCUUACGAGAUUUGGGUGAGCUGGAACAACAACUAAAUGAAGGGCUCAUAAGCAUAAAGGAGAGAAAGGAACAAAUAUUGAUGAGGCAACUUGCCCAAUCAAGACUGCAGGAACAACGGGCCAUGCUGGAGAAUGAGACUUUACGCAAACAGGCAAAUAAAAUAUUUGUUUAUGUGGAUGAAAAAUUUCCCAUAACUUGGGCUUUUGUUUAUGAAUUUUGCCUAAGAUUAUUUAUUGGCUUAACAUUAAAUGUAGGUUGA